UGUGCAUUUCGUAACUGACGAGUAUCUAUCGGAAGAAGAGAAGAAGACGGGUAUGUUUGACGGGCGUUUUAUCGUGUUUUAUGUCUGAAACUUACAUGAUGGAUGAUUGAUUGGAUUGGAGAAUCAUCUGGAGUACAUCAUUACGUAGACAAUGAAUACCGCAAGGACGGCAAGACGGCCUCGACGGAUACGAGAUCCUAUGCAUACGAUGCACACGCGUCUACGCUUAACUGCGAUUCCCGCCGAUUUGUUACCAGGUGUAUCUCGUACUAUGGAUGUACCUUCAGUAGAGAAUUUAUUAAAUAGACGUCCCGAUGGUUGGAGCUCACCACAGAGUCCUGAUGAACUUGUUAUUCAAAAGAGAGGCCGACGUAGGAAUAUAGUAUGGUCACCUGAUCUUGAUGCUAAUAAACGGAACAAUCUGCUCAGCUUAAGCUCCAGAGAACGUACACCAGUUAAAAACCCACAGGCUUCAAGGGAUCUUCUGAGGAAUCCACCUAAGAAAAGGCUUUCUCUCAUUGAUAUUUACCAGUCUGAAUUUAUCACACCAGAGAAGAAGAGGAAGACUCACUCCAUAAUGUCGGACACGAACAUAUCGCAAGAGCAGUCUGUCGAUAAUUUAACAAAUAGUUUACGAGGCCUCAGUCAUGAACAAUUGGUGCAAAUGAUCAUGAAUGUGAUACACAUGCAAGAAAAUGAUUCACUCUUUGAGAGCGCAACACUUCGUAACAUUUUCUUGAAAAAAAUGCCGAUCGCGGAUAUUCAACCGUUGAUGCAGAAACUAAAUGUCUUCAGACAGAAUAUUUACGCCAGCCUUAUAUGUUCUAAUCUGGACGAUUCCGCGUAUAGUCGUGCUUAUAUACAUCUGGACAUGUUCGAGAAAACCUUGGUCGAGCAAGGAACACUACUGCAAGAGUCUCAACAUUGGAUGUCUUUGAUGAAUUAUGUGCUGGCAGCAUGGGAAAUUGUGCGAGAAUUGCCAGAGUGGGAAAAUCAGGGUCAUCAGAAUACCACACAUAGAUGCUUCAAAAGUUUAUCGCAAUUCUGCAUUCAAGCUAUAAGAAGAGAAAAUUUCGAAACGUCGCAUUUGGAGAUUUACAUUGAAAAGCUCGAGGCCAUUGCCGGACAGUGUGAAGAUUUUAAAAUCUGUCUUCAGAUGGCGAAGGAAGCGAAGGAGGCGAAGCAAAAGAGUUAGAUCUCUUUUCUUCUACCACGUAUAUUUUUCCCGCGUGAACACACCAGCUUUAUUUAGAUAUUUAUUUUGGCAUAUUUAUGUGGCAGUUGAAAUUAACAACGUAUUUAUAUGUGUAGUGAUUUAAAAUCAACCAGUGAGAAACUUUUUAACGAUAUUUUGAGUAGAAAAUGCAAAAAAAAUUCUUCUGUUUACGUAACAUUAAGUCACUGCAAUAACCAAUAUGUGACAUUACUUGUUCAAAAAUUGUCCACACACAUUCAUCAAUGUAAUUAUAUAUAAUAUUCGUCUCGUAUCUAUAUAUUUUUUUCAAUCAAUAAGUAUAUUUGCGUACAGAUAACACAAAUGCGCGAUAUUAAAUAUAUCUAAUAUCUAUCAUCUGCCAUUUGACAUUAGCUGAAGUGAAACUAAUUAUACAAUUUAUAUAUAUAUAUUUUUAUAAUAUAUUUUUUAUGCUUUUUGUUUUAAGAUAUAGAUAAUCUAAUUUUGUAUUCAUCCUUAAAUGGAAAGAUUAUUUUAAUUUGUCACAGUAAUUGCUAAUUACGGCAUCUGUAUCAGAAAUAAAAGGAGAAAUGAAUUGCCAUUAAAAAUACCAAUUUAAUAGGGAAAACAGUAAAUACAUUUGAGAGGUCCAUUUUUCCAUUUAAGGACAAUUUCACGAGAAGUAUUGUACUUGUUAGAAUGUAAAAUUUUCUGACUUGGUAGUAUGUUUGGUCUAGACUUAUUCGGACUACUCGUAUAAAAAAUAUGGUCUAAAUGACAGAAGACGAAAUCGAAAACAUAUCUUCAUGAUAAGCGUUCAAAUGGCGUUUUGUUAUUGCAUAUCGAACAUUAUCGAGUGUCAUCUUUUGACACACAAUUUUGAACCUGUUAAAACAUUCGAAAUGUUCGGAAAGUACACAGUGUCGUCAUUUAUUUUUGUACUUUGCGAAAGUAUCUUGUAAUGUGUCCAUUAUAAUCACUUUUACGAUUUUUAUAACGUAUUUAUUGUGAAUUGCGUCAGGGAGAAUGGAUUAAUAUAUAUGUGUAUUUUUCUUUUUAUUAAAAACGAUUUAUUCGUCAUAAUAUAUAUCGUGUAUCUCCUUAUAUUCUAAUAUAUUCAUUAUUACUUUCGAAAGGCACAUAUUUCAUUUAACCAGCGAUCAGAAAUUUUCCAAGUGACUUGCGACCGCGUACCUCGCACGCCUGUACAGAUUUGUCAUGAGAGUGCAAUAGCAAUGAUACUGGGAAAAUUCACGACGUUUCGGUAUAUUCGGUCGUGAUAAUCGCUAUCUUGUACAUGCCUAGCUAAGUUACGUAAGUUUUUAGACAUUACCGAGUCGGUAGUACGUUUUGGGGUGAUGUAUCGAAAUAUCUUUUGUUAGUAUUGUUUUAGUAUCAUAUUUCUUAUGUUUUUCCAAGCAUCUGCACACCAUUUGUAAAUCCUAUCGUAUCAUUUUAUCGUGCAUACUGGCAAGAUUACGUCUCUAGGAACGACUUCGAAAUCGGAGAGAUCGGCCGAAGGACUUCCUCGACACGAUAUUUCCGGCAAACAUGUGAUUAAAAAAAAAUGUAACAAUAUAAUCUGACCUCAUCUAAACUCGAACAUUUAGGUGAAGCAAAUUAAGAGCGAAGUAAAACUCGUACUAUUGAUCGCUCGCAUGAAUCACAGGGUGGCCGAGAAUUGACGGAAGAUGAGCAUUAUAACACUGUUCGCUUUCGUGAAGUCUCGACUGAAUCGGUCUUGAACGAAAAUACAGAGAAAGGUCAUGUGUCUCUUAUACUUAUUAAAUAUUACAACUUAUUUCAAUAUUUGACGUGCGAAUAAUUAACACUUAAAUUACAAUUUUUUGUACGACUACACAAAAAUACAAUAUAUUUUGUAUCGCGAGAACGAAUGACCACUCGUGUCACGGAAGCUUGAUUGGCAGACAUGAUCAGGUGGAAAAUCAUUAAUGAAAAUUUACAAUUGAGUAUAGUUAGGUAGAUCCAAAUUUACCCGAUUACAAUUAAUUUACAGCACAUUUGCAAUUAUUUAUAAUUAUAUUAACAAAUUCUCUCGAUGCCAAUUUUCAAAGGAUUAAGACGAUUCCAUUUUCCGUCAAUUAUUGUACAACCUGCGUAAUAAAGAUAUCAUUUUCCGAAACAGAUGAAUCAGUCGCUACACGCAACUAAUGAACAAUUAAGUACACCAACAUAUGUAAAAUGAUCUGUAAUACUCCACGAGCGUGUGUAAACGGUACGAGAUGUGCCACUAUAAUUCUUAGCUAAACUUUCUCGAGCAGAAAGUGAAGUUGAGAACGUGCGACUGCAAAUCGUGGCAGGUGUAGUAAAAUCGAAUGGAUCGCGAAGCGCAUUCGGUCGGUUUACGGCAGAUCGUAAUUGUUCGCCACUCAAGUUCCAUAAUAAUGCGAUCCGCUCUUGAAAGAAUAUUAAAAAAAAAAAAA